GUGUACGAUGUGGCAGAUUAUAUAUUCCUCUGCUUCGAUUCCGGCUUAUGCAACCCAGAAUCGAAGUGCCCAUCGAAGUUUAGUUUUCGACCGGAGGCCUCUUUACGCGUGAGGAAAAUGUCUUUCAAAGCUGCUUCUGCAGUCGCUUUCCUGUGUGCGGUGUCGUUGUCCCAUGCAGCCGUUUUCAACGCUGAUACGCGCUAUCCGCAGUGGUCCAAGAACUACGCCAAUGAUUUAACGACCUAUGUCCCAUAUUUUAUUGAAGCGGGCAGAUAUGAUGCUACUACGCUCGCCAACAUCCGGGCAGCCAUAAGGCAGUUGAACAGUGAUCUUAAUGGUUGUAUCAUCUUUUACGAAUAUUAUGCCGGUCCGGUUCCACCUCCUAAUGUUGGACGCGACUUCAUAUAUAUUUCCAACGUUAAUAAUCAAGGAGUACCCCAAACAGUAUGCGGAACAGUCCCUGGUCGUCAAUCUGGACAGAACGGAAACGGGCAGAAGAUGUAUAUCGUGGGAGGAAAUGCGCCCGGCAAUUGUGGAAGUGUGCGUCAAAUAAUGGCCAGACUGGUAAAUGCCAUCGGGCUGCGAACAGAAUAUAACCGACCGGACCGUGGUAACGCAAUCACUGUCGACCCCUCAAGAGUCGACACAACGCUCCAAUCUUUUGGUAUGUACACCGCCUACACUGCUGGAGCGGUGCAGACUACCGGCUUUAACCCAGUCAACGGUGUCAGCGUCAACACCAAUUUCGACUACAACUCCAUUACCAUGGUGCAGCCCACAACUAAUGCCCAAGCCGGACAAUCUGUCUUCACCACGACAGGAAACCAGGCCGUCGGGAAUUUGAACCGACUGAGUUUUACCGACUGCAUGGCCAUUGCAUCCAAAUACCAAUGCUCAUCGCUAACCGGCCUCACUUGCCAAGACCCAUACGGCACCGGCACUGGUGGCGGCGGUGCGAUUCAGCCAGGCGGUGGCGGUGCAAUUCAGCCAGGCGGUGGGGGCACACCACUUCAGCCAAAUGAUCCCAACUCCCCGCUUCAGCCCAUCAAUACCGGUACCAACACCGGCACCAACAACAAUACACCCCUGCAGCCUGGUACCAACACUGGCACCAACAACAACACACCUUUGCAGCCUGGUGGCAACACCGGCACUAAUACCGGCACCAACACCGGUACCAACAAUAACACACCACUGCAGCCUGGUGCAGUAAUUAACUUUUAAAUUUUUUGUGUUUGGGUUACCAACUGCUACAAAAAUAUGUCGCUUUGCAGCGGGUUGUAGUUGUGCUGGCAUAGAUUCAGGAGACCCAGAGCAGUUUGCCACUUUGCGCUUACCGUUACAUUGUAAGAUCUUUUGUCUAAAAUACAUACAAGCUGUCCCAGCGCCAACAGAAAGAAUACAACAUUUAAAAAACAAUAAAAUGGAAACAA